AUGGUCCGGCUUCGCGACACAAAGAUCUACAAAGUUCUGGCGACUGGAUGUCUAUCCGAGGUAUCAUCCGAAUGCAUCAAACACGUGCAGAGCGGUAAGAAUAUCAAUCUUCGUGAUGAGGACACGGGGGAGACCUAUCUACAUCUCCUUGCCGACAAUGUUGACCGUUUCCGGUCCCCUCAAGGAACGUGCAUCAUCUACAUCAUGGCAAGUAAGGGCAUAGACCUUGACCUUCUCGACAACGAGGGAAAUUCAUUCCUUCACAGGAUCAUGCGCAUGCCUUACACGUACCGGGCAGUAGUGGCGAUGAUCAGGUGCGGUGCCGAUCCAUUGGUAAACAAUAAGGAAGGCCUGACUCCCAGGGACAUUCUAAUGCAGACCAAACCCGAUGGAUGGGAAGAGACCCUUCAUUGGUUCACAAAGUUCACACCAGGUUUAUACCGGGCAUUGAUGGAAGAGCAUCCUGACAGGGCGCUAGUGGAAAAACUACUCAAAUAUCUGUGUCGGACAAACAUUGUCAAAGACGGGAAACUUGUUUGUCUGAAAACGAUCGCCAAACAGAAUAACAAGGAUUUAUAUCUUGUGGACUUGUUGGAGAAAUAUGAAAAUACAAUUGAAUUUGCGCUAUCUCUGUUUACUGGAAAGGAUCUAGCUCUCCAACAUUUCUUUAAGGAAGUUUCAAAUAGAAUGGACACCAUUGAUAUCAACGUCACUGAUUACAGCUACCAAUACCGUUAUCCGGAUUACCCAGAAGUCCCACUUCCUGUUCUCGCCGCAUUGUGGGAAGGUGACAUGGAAGACAAUAUCGCCGUUCUACUGGGAAUGGGAGUUGACACGUCCGUUUUAUUUUCAUAUAAUCCUGAAGUCGAGCCACCAAAACCACUCUUCUUUCAGGUGUUAUGUGGUGUUGUAAAACCGACGGACUCUAUAAUACACCGUGUGUUAGAGGCGUCAGACCUGUCCGUCCGAAACCUUUAUGGACAGACAAUUGUGUACGAAGCAAUAACACAAGAUUAUCCGGAGAAUCUCAUCAUAAGUCUUUUCAAAUAUGGCGCUAAUUUGGCAUCUAGAGACAAACACGGACGCACAGCGCAUGACUACGCAGAGUUAAUUAAGAAGCCACGUUACUGUAGACUUAUAGACACAUGUGUGGUAGAAAUGGUGAAGGAAUGUAAUGUAGAGGGCGUGGAAGACCUUCUACGACACGGAUACGACCACAUUCUGGACGUAACGGAUAGACAGACAGGCAAUUCCAUCAUCGAUAUUGCUAGGGGUCGGUCAUCUACAAUCAGCGAGCUUCUGAAGAAGGCGGGCGCAGUCAAGGAACAUAUACGAAAGAUGUUUCAGAAGACGGAGACCGGAAGUCUAGGCGAGUUGCGGCGCCUGCUAGGCAGGAAGUACGCGACAUCGGUAGAUAGAUGUGGAAGGACGGUCUUACACAUCGCCAUUUUUAACGGGAAGAGGGAUAUCAUCAGCUACCUGGCAACUCACUACUCACAACUCCUUAACAUACAGGACAACCUGGGGAGGACGCCCCUCCACUACGCACAGCUGUUCAUGGAAGGAGAUCAGUUAUUAUCUACCAUUACCAAGCUAGGAAACACGAGCAUCAGGGACGUGCAAGGCCUGACACCACUCCAGUAUAGUAUAAAGGAAUGUGGAGAACGCACCUUCUCCCUACUUAAGAAGGCUGUCCAGGAAAUGGCGAUGGAUGUCUUCCUCAGUCAAACCCAGUUUAAACAGUCCAUGAAAACAGCAAUACAGAAGGAGGACUUAACGAAGAUACAGCGCCUCUUGCGAGGUCUGCGGGUUCAUGGGGACAUAACUCGCCACAGUACGUUACUCUUUUCCUGUAUUGAAUGGGGAAAGGAAAAUGCUGCUAUACAAAUGAUCAGAGAAGGGCUUAGUACAGACAUCUUUAAACAGUAUCAGAAGUGUGACCCAAACAGUACCAAGUGUGUAAUGUAUGAGUGUACACACACUAUGAUAUCUCUCCGUGAAAAGGCAGAGGAACUCAAGAGAAGGCGGGUUUUACAAUUUUUAGACCAAAUACAGAUGGAUACUGACAAGAACGAAGUAAUGUCACCGAGGGCCACACCCGAUGUCAGUAACUUUGAAAAGUUCGGGAAAGUGUGA